AUGCGACCAAAAAUAAAGGCGUGGGUUUCUCAUAGAAAACCCGUAAAAAAACUUUCGAUAGAAUCUAAAACGAAACGAAAAUUAAUUGUUGGAUUUGGAUUAUGUUUCCUCUUACUUUUAUUCUUUUAUUGUUUCUCUGAAACAUAUAACGACGAUGAUAAAAAAAUAGACGAAAAUGAUGAAAAAAGCGAGAAAUUAAAUAUCUUUUUUUUCGAAACAUCUGGUGCUUCUUCUUUAAACAUUCGUCAGAUUUGCGCAGUUGAAUCGACGGCACGACACAAUCCUUCAGCAAAUAUCACUGUAUUUAUGUUUACUUCGCGUAACAUCAAGAACGAUUUACUUAAUGUGCACAUGAGAAGAAUGUCAUUUGAAGAAAUUUUUGUAGGCACUCCAUUAGAAGAUUGGUACUUUAAAAAAGAGUGGAAAAAAAGCAAAUACAAAACACAUCACUUAAGCGAUGCCGUCAGAUACGCUGUAAUUUGGAGAUACGGAGGAAUAUAUUUAGAUUUAGACAUCGUCAUGUUAAAGCCUUUGCCUUUUACAACUAAUUUUGUAGUGAAGUCGCGUAAGAACAGUUUAUGCAAUGGUAUUUUUGGAAUGCAGCGCCAUCAUUCUUUUUUGUAUGACUGUAUGAAAAAUUUAUCAGAGGAAUAUAAAAGCGAUUGUUUUGUGUGUGUUGGUCCACGUUUCUUCACUAAACACUUUUUAUCGUAUUGCCGUAGUAAAAGUGUAGAAUACGUUGAAGAAAAAGAUAAUUGCAAUAUUACGAUUUUACAACCGAUUACCGUUUUUCCAGUACCAUACAGUAGCUGGAAAUAUUAUUUUACGAGUUUUAAGACUAUAAAUGUUCUUCGUAGAAUGAAAAACUCUUAUAUGAUUCACGUCUGGAAUAAAUUCUCUUCUGGGAAAAAGUUAUAUAUUGGUUCUGGAAGUAGCUAUGAAAUUGCAAUAGCGCAGAAUUGUCCUCAUGCUUACUCUGAAGCAGUGAAUAAAGGGGAAUUUUAAAUUUGUGAACAAAAUAAAUAACUGAAACACCGUUUUCUCAAACUUUUUGCUCGCCGACAUGUUUGUUUGUAAUGGUUCUGCGACAUAUUAAAAAUUAUUUAUUGAUUUACUUGUGAAAAAACUUAUUGGUUAUUUACUAUUUACAAUUUAUUGUUAUGUAUGACAAUAAAACUAAGAGUUUGAAUAAACAAGGAAACAUUUUCUCUCUCUUUUGUUUGACGAUUCCAGAGCGUAACUUCUAUGGCUCUGCACUAUACUUUUAAAUCCAAAUCUCUUACUACUUGAUGACUCUUCGGUUCCUCCUAUUGGUGUUACUUCAAACAAACGUGGGACGUCUCUGUCAUGCAUUACGAACCUUGGGAUAUCUUUGAAUCUGCUUAAAAAUCUCCAAAGGAUUACAUUAAAAAAAAUUUUUUAUCUGGGUAUUAAUGGUGUUAAAGAUGCCCAGUGUCUACUACACCCAGUU